GGUGUGGGCCUAGUCGUGUCCAAUGUCCCCGCCAUUGUGAGCGCACUCGCGCCGCGGGCCGCGUCUCCUUUCCCCGCACCGCCCGCCCGCCAGCACCGCCCCUCCCCCCCCUCCACCCCGGGCCGGGCCGGGCCAUGGGCUCAGCGCCGCCGCCUCCACCCGGCUCCAGCUCGGCAUCAUCAGCAUCAUCAUCAGGUGGUCGCCGCCACUCGUGCUACUUGUGCGACUUGCCGCGAAUGCCGUGGGCGAUGAUCUGGGACUUCUCACAGGCCGUGUGCCGCGGCUGCGUCAACUACGAGGGCGCCGACCGCAUCGAGCGGGUGAUCGAGCAGGCGAGGCACCUGAAGCGGGCGCACGGACUACCACAGGCCCAGGCUCAGGUACAGGCCCAGGCCCAGGCCCCGCCGCCGCGUUCUCCCGCUCCCCGGCACCCGCACCGCUUGCUGCAGCUGCCCGACUACCCACCGCCGGGGCCCGGUCCCGGGCCUGUACCUCCCCGCACUCUCCUCGGGCCCGCCGCGCUGCUAGGCCUCAACCCCAUGGGCCUAGAGCCCGGCCGCCGGCCCGAGUUGGAGCGGGCUCUACGGGACAAGCCUGGCCCUCCUCCGGCUGAGCCGCUGGCCGAGCUAGGCCGCGCCUUGCGCCACCGAGCCGAGGAGUGGGCUGGAAGGCCGGCCGCCGUCAGGGACUCUCUCCUCGGCCUGUCCGAGUGCGCACCCGUCGCCCUCCGCCUGCGGGCCGAGCCGUCGCUGGGAGCCCGAGUCCUGGCCUUCGAUGCGGCCGAGAGGCCCCAAGACCGGGCCCUGGAGUUGCGGCUGCUGGUCGAGUACCCGCCCGGCUCGGGGUCGGUGCAUUGCGGGGCUGCCGAGGCCUGCCGCCGGAUGCUGGGCGACUGCAACAAGGAGAGGGCCUGCAGCCCUGGCCUAGAGGGCCUGGAAUACCAGAGGAGGCCUGGAGGCAACAGUGCAGACUGGAGGCCCCUGUCCCACCUACUGACAGAGGGAGCCCGACUCUUCAAGGAGCCCGUGCCAGCCGAGCUGAUGCCCGAGUCCCAGGCGGGCGGACUGGGGUUGCCCAGAGCCGGGCAUCGCCGCCGUAAAGCUUCUCCGGACGGGGAGCCCGAAGCUGGCAAGGCGGCGGCAGGAGACGGGCAUUCCUGGGCAUCGCUGGCCGAAGGGGCCGUGGGUCAAUCGCCCGUCGCCCUGGUCAGCAGCAGCGCUUCGGACCCCAAGGACGGUGGGCAGGCGGUCCACUCCACCACGGCGCUUGGGCAGAGGCGCCUGACGCCGCGUAACGGGGAGCCGGGAGCCCCCGAAGCCGGGCAGGCCUGCGAGCCUCAGGGGGCCCCCGAUUCCUCCAACGGGCCCCUGUGCUGCACCAUCUGCCACCAGCGGCUGGAAGACACCCACUUCGUCCAGUGCCCCUCCGUGCCCGCCCACAAGUUCUGCUUCCCCUGCUCGCGGGAGAGCAUCAAGGCGCAGGGGGCCGGCGGCGAGGUCUACUGCCCCAGUGGCGAGAAGUGCCCGCUGGUGGGCUCCAGCGUGCCCUGGGCCUUCAUGCAGGGGGAGAUCGCCACCAUCCUGGCCGGCGACAUCAAAGUGAAGAAGGAACGAGACCCUUGACCCACCCGUGCAUCAAUGCGGAUCCGCAUACACAAACUGGCACCGUCUGCACUUCUUCCAAAGGACUGAGACAUUUCCCCCAACCAAAAAACUAUGAGACAAAUGGGAUUAACAUCCACUGGCAGAGCCCUGGAACAAAC